CGGCGGGCCCUGAGGGAGCGGCCGCGGCUUCGGCGGCUCCUCCUCUCCAGCCAUGGCUGUAAAGGAUCCUACAGCUGUAGAAAGAGCAAAUUUAUUAAACAUGGCUAAACUGAGUAUCAAAGGACUCAUUGAAUCAGCCUUGAGCUUUGGGCGCACUCUGGAUUCUGACUACCCACCUUUGCAGCAGUUCUUUGUUGUCAUGGAGCACUGCCUGAAGCAUGGCCUGAAAGUAAGAAAAUCCUUUCUCAGUUACAAUAAAACCAUCUGGGGUCCUUUGGAACUUGUGGAAAAAUUAUAUCCAGAAGCUGAGGAAAUAGCAGCAAGUGUCAGAGAUUUGCCUGGCCUUAAGACGCCACUGGGCCGUGCCCGGGCCUGGCUGCGGUUGGCGCUGAUGCAGAAGAAAAUGGCCGAUUAUCUUCGCUGUUUAAUCAUUCAGAGAGACCUCCUCAGUGAGUUUUAUGAGUAUCAUGCACUCAUGAUGGAGGAGGAAGGAGCAGUGAUUGUUGGACUGUUAGUUGGGCUGAAUGUGAUCGAUGCCAACCUGUGUGUGAAGGGAGAAGACCUGGAUUCACAAGUUGGGGUGAUCGAUUUCUCUGUGUAUUUGAAGAGUGAUGAUGACAUUGGGGGUAAAGAAAGAGAUGUACAGAUUGCUGCAAUAUUGGACCAAAAGAAUUAUGUUGAGGAACUAAACAGGCAACUGAAUAGCACAGUUAGCAGUCUACAUGCAAGAGUUGACUCACUGGAGAAAUCAAACACAAAGCUGAUUGAAGAGUUAGCAAUAGCAAAAAACAAUAUAAUUAAACUUCAGGAAGAAAAUCAUCAAUUAAGGAGUGAAAAUACUCUGAUUUUAAUGAAAACACAGCAUCAUCUAGAGGCAGCCAAGGUGGAUGUGGAGGCAGAGCUGCAGACCUACAAGCACUCGAGGCAGGGCUUGGAUGAGAUGUACACCGAGGCGCGCAGGCAGCUCCGCGAGGAGGCACAGCUGCGGCAGGAUAUGGAGAAUGAGCUAGUGGUUCAAGUUAGCAUGAAGCAUGAGAUAGAGCUUGCCAUGAAGCUGCUGGAGAAGGAUAUCCAUGAGAAGCAGGACACCCUCAUCGGCCUGCGGCAGCAGCUUGAUGAAGUUAAAGCAAUUAAUGUGGAAAUGUACCAAAAGCUGCAGGUUUCUGAAGAUGCUAUGAAAGAAAAGAAUGAAAUAAUUAGUCGAUUAGAGGAUAAGACGAAUCAAAUUAAUGCAACUAUGAAACAACUAGAACAAAGUGACAAAGAUCUGUUAACUCAAACUAGGACUAUUGCAAUGUCAUUCGUCAAAUGUGCCAGCAAUGAGGCUCAGCACCAAUAUAAACUUGUCAAGGAUAUAUCAUUCUGACAGCUCCUUCAGAUCUCUUGUGUUGAAUAAUUGCUGAUGAAAUAGGACUUCAGAAUUUUCCAAUUCAAACUUGAAAGUGGUAUUAGAAAUCCUGCACUGUAACUGAUCGUAGCUGGGUCCUGGUUUGUUUUCUGAAAAAAUAUCACCACCAAUCUCACUUUACCCCUCCUAAAAAAAAAAACCCAAAAAAACAAAAGAAAAAAAAAAGUAAAUUACUGCACUAUUAUUAAGCAAAUGCAAGCUAGUUUUCUAAUGCUAUUGAAUCACUUCUUUGUCAAAUUUUAUUUUAAGAGGUUAGAUAUCUUUACUUUGACUGCACAGUUUUUAUGACACUUGUUUCUAAUUAGUGAUUUUUCUGGUUCUUUGGUACUAAGAGAUUUAAAAAGUAGCCCUUCUGGCUAAAACUUCCCUUCUCCCCUGCUUAUUCCUUUCACUUUUAGGCUGUGUGUUGGGUUCUGUGGUUGUAACUAGCAGUGUUUCCUUGAGCAGAGUGGCAGGAGCUGGAGGGAGGGAGCUGAGCUCCCUCGGAAGGAUGGGUGUAAGAAAAGAGGGUGGUGCCACCAUCUGUGUUGUGUGUGUGCAGUGAAGGGAUGCCAACAGCUAAAGUUCCACCUCCCUGAUGUCCUGAGGUGAAACAUUCUCAUGAAGUGAAAAAGUCUUUGGAGCCUGCUUCCUGAGGGGCUCCAGACAGAGACAGAGUGCUCCAGUAAAUUGUGUAGCUGUGACUCCUGCCUAGCACCUGGAGGUGGAGCAGUGAGAAGGAUUUACAGUUAGGGCCCAGGUCCUGAACCUGCCUAACCCGUUUGUCAGCUGAGGAUCUCACCUGGCUCUGUCUGCACUGAGAACAACACCUGUGCUUGUGCCCAAAGCCUUUUCCCUCCCUCCACCCAUCAUUAGGCAGCUCUUGCAGCUCCUGUUCCUGCUGUGAGCUGCUGCUUGCCUGCACUGCAGGAAGAGUUCAGGCUGCUGACUGCCCUCAAUACACUCCCUGAUGUUUGCUCUGAAGUCUGCAGUGGAUGUUGACUGGGAAAAUUAUCAUAGAGUUUUGCAGCACAAGAGGAUGUGUUUGUCAAAGUGGGGACAGGAUGCAGUAAUACAGAAAGGGUUUCUACUGCGUGGUUAUGUACUAGCUUAUUCCUUGGUUUGGAGACAGAAACAGCCUUUAACAUGAGGUGGCUACUGAAAAAUAACUGUCUUCCAUCUUCAAAGAAAACCCAAACCAGAAACACUGAAUGAACAACAGGAAGACCAUGGGAGAAAUGGGAGCCUUUUCCACCUCAAUGUUAUCUACACAAACAAGUGUGUGCCACAGAAUCAUCUGCAUGCCAAAUCCAGCUGCAGGCUGCAGCCAGCUCAGCAUCUGCCUGAAUCUCAGCAGUGCAGCUGGCCCUGGUGCCGGGCUGGAGAUGAUGCUGCAGCUUUUGGGUAGCAAGUUCUCUUUCUGCCUUGCUUGUGGAAACAGCUCUGCAGUUGAUUUUGUGAUUUAGGGAAGGGUUUAACGUGCUUUUGGUGUUGGUGUCUUGUGUAGCUUCAGUCAGCUUCUGCACUGUGGAGGGACCUGCUCUUUCCUAAUAUUCUCCUUCCCAAGGCUUGGCCUCUGUGCACUACCAUUGCAGAUGUGACUGGGAGCAUUCUUCAGGCCCUGGGGUAGUUGAGUGAGAUAGUGCACCCUUGAUAAGGUGAUUUAAUUCCAGCCUUGUUCACUUGUUUACCAUCAGCUUUUGGAAACUCCCUCUGGUGCAACUUCAUCAGCAGAAGCACAAAUGCAGACAUAUUGCUGACACAUCUUCUUUUUAGCUGACACUGGGAGCUGGGAGUCACUCUGUGCUCAGGGAGCUGCUGGGAGGUGACAAGUCAACCAUCUCACUGAUUUCUCACGCCACUUACCUGAGAGGCCCUUGGGGCAGUUUUGCAGAACACAGAGAAUCAGGUGGGGACAUUCACUGAGAUUUUUCAGGCUCCUGUAUGCUCCAGGCAGGUGUAACCAUGAUAUAGCACAAGUCCCCUUUUAGUACAUUUACUUUUGUUACAAUACAACCACCAGAGAGGAACCACAGUGAACCAGUGCAUUCCAAGGGGAAUGUCAGCUGAACAAACCUGGGAUUCAGAAAGAAAAGAUUAAAUCAAAUAACAAUCCCUCAUUUCUUGAUUAAUCAUUUUGAUUUGUCUAUAGUAUGGAGCUAUUUUCACCGGUGUAAGAAUGCAUUAUUUUUAAUACAGACUAUUUAAAUUAAAGAUGAUGUAGUUGAGGUACUUCUAUAAAUGUAGUGGGACCUGUCAGGGUGUAUUUUGUUGUAUUAGGCUAGUCAGGUUUUUUUGCUGUCUGAUUGCAGUGCCCUGUAUGCAACCUUAUGCCUCAGUUGUUUUGAGCUGCUUUUGCACAGCACAUGCUCUGCCCUGUCUUAAUGGGUGAUUAGUGCAAGCCAAGUACUUUCACAGAAUUUACUUGGGGGACAAAGCUUCGGAAAUAACACAUGAACGUAUGCUAAAAGAAAAGCUUUGAUUCCAAAAUAUGUAUCAUGCUUUGGCACCUGUUAUUCAUGAGCAUAAAAUAAAACAAUUAUUACUUACAGUGA